AUGUUUUCAUCUGCCUUCAAGUCCUUCUCUUCCAACAUCACGUCCAACUAUGAGAUUUCCAAACAAUCAUCUGCCACUGUAGGCGCAUGGACUGUCUUCGACGCAAAGAAAAAGGGUACCGGUACCCAAGCCUCGGUCUUCAUCUUUGACCGCAAGUCCUUGGAUAUCACCAGCAGUGGUUUGGGGGGCCGUGCUACCAGUGCCACCUCGGUACGCAAAAUUCAAGAUGAAGUUGUCGAGCGCCUGAAGAAGGAAGCCAGCAGCUUGGCCCGUCUCCGACACCCCUCCAUUCUCCAGCUGGUCGAACCCGUGGAAGAAACUCGUAGUGGCGGGUUAAUGUUUGCGACUGAGCCGGUCUUGUGCUCCUUGUCGGCCGCGUUGGCACAAAAAGACCGGACCGAUGGUAGGAAUGGCCGAGGUCCCUCCACGUGUGCGUCCGAUGAUGGCACCACAUCUCGAUCCCUGCAGGACGUGGAAAUCGAUGAAGUGGAGAUCCAGAAGGGCCUGCUUCAGGUUGCCAAAGGGCUCGAGUUUUUGCACGACUCGGCCAAACUGGUCCAUGGAAAUUUGACUCCUGAUGCAAUCAUGAUCAAUGCAAAGUCGGAUUGGAAGAUCGCGGGACUUGGUUUUGCUGGACCGCCCGACGGGGCAGAAGGGCACCAGCCCGUCCCUCAAAUUUCCCUCUCCGAAGUACUGUAUCAUGACCCUCGCAUACCACGGAUGGUCCAACUGGAUCUCGACUACACCUCUCCGGACUUCGUGCUUGACUCGAACAUCAACUUCUUGGCCGAUAUGUUCUCAUUAGGUCUCGUCAUCCUCGCGUGCUACAGAAAACCACACCGGUCGCCGAUUGAGACCCAUGGCAAUCAAUCAACGUACAAGAAAAUCUUCAGCAAUGCCCGGACGGUGCCGACCGGUGCCAACAACUAUCUCUCCGAGGGCGCUCUCCCUCGUGAAUUAAACGUCACCUUACCAAGGAUGCUGACCAGAAGACCGGCUCAACGGUUGACAGCAAGCGAAUUCCAGCAAUCUGAUUAUUUUGACAACAUCUUGGUCAAUACGAUGAGAUUUUUGGAUGCAUUUCCCGCAAAGACCCCGGCAGAGAAGUCGCAAUUCAUGAAAGGACUCGGCCGAGUCAUGCCUCAGUUUCCCCCGUCCGUGCUCGGCAAAAAGAUCCUCAGUGUUCUCCUUGACGAGAUGAAGGAUCGGGAGCUCCUGCCUCUGAUUAUGCAAAACAUCUUUCGGAUAGUCCAAAUCAUCCCUUCCAGCAGAGAAGCCGUUUCAGACCAGGUGCUACCACGAACGAGGGAGAUCUUUCUCUCCAAAUCCAAGUCAGAGGAACGAGACAGCAGUAAGGAAGCGGCGUUGCUUGCCGUGCUCAACAACGUCCAACUCAUUGCCGACCACUGUUCCGCCAAACAGUUUAAAGACGAUGUCUUGCCAAUCAUCCAUCUUGCCAUGGAGUCUUCUACCCACUCUCUCACCGAUGCGGCUUUACAGAGCUUGCCGGUGGUUCUACCCUUGCUUGAUUUUUCCACCGUCAAGCAUGAUCUCUUCCCGGUGGUUGCCCACGUGUUUAGCAAAACAAGCAGCUUGAGUAUCAAGAUCCGUGGCCUCGAAGCGCUCGGAGUACUCUGUGGCGUUUCCACCCAGACCGAUUCUCGUGCCGACGACUUUUCGGGCGCCGCGCAACAAGAAAGACAAGACAAGAACGUUUCCAGCUUGGAUAAGUUCACCAUGCAAGAGAAAGUGGUGCCUCUCUUGAAGGCCAUCAAGACCAAAGAGCCAGCGGUGAUGAUGGCAGCUUUGAAAGUAUUUCGACAAAUUGGGACCGUUGUCGACAGUGAUUUCGCCGCCCUCGAAGUGAUGCCCAUUCUCUGGAAUUUUUCUCUGGGUCCUCUGCUGGACCUUCCGCAGUUCCAGGCAUUCAUGGACGUCAUUAAGUCGCUGUCGGCCAAGAUUGAACAAGAACAGAGACGAAAACUUCAAGAGCUGUCCUCCACUCGGCCCGCGGAAGCGCGGCUCACAUCUCCCUCACCGAAGGCGGCCAGCAAUGGGAUACAUCAAGGCGGCGAGGCCACUGGCACCGAAGAUGACUUUGAGAAGCUCGUCCUGGGGAACAAGAAUGCGGAGAAGAACGACGUCUUUGCCGGUGCCCUUUCAGAUGGACAAAGGUUGACCGCAAACCCGCCAUCCUUCUCGUGGUCGCCUGUGUCUGCAUCCAACAAACCUCCGUCCUCGAAUCAGACUCUGUCAUCUCUGCCUGCUCUUCAACCGCAACUUGCGUCUCGUUCCAUUACUCCAGAUAUUAGCGUCUCGGCAUUCCCGAGUUUACAACCGGCCCAACCAUCGUCUGCGUCAAUCUGGGGAGCAUCUUCACCUCCUCCGAUGACGAUGCAGAAUCACCACCAAGUGCUGCAGCCAUCCAACCUCCUCUCUAGCCCGGCGAACGCUCCGUCUCCGGCGCCGGCAUCAUCGAAUGCUUGGCAGCUCCCACCUCCUCCGGGUUCACGAAGCAUUUCGAAUACAGCAUUUACACCUAGCAUAGCUCCACCUCCUCAACGUAACAUGCAGAGAGACGCCUGGCAACAACCAAAUUAUGGUCUCGGGAUGACUUCACCUCCUGGGUUUGGAGGGUCGAUGAAUGUUCUACAACCGCAGAACAGUCCGCAACAGCCGUCCCAACAAAAGAAAACGGGCCUAGACAAAUACGAAUCGUUGCUCUAA